AAAGAAAAAGAGAAGUAGUGUGUUUAUGGAGGAAUGUGACAGUGUUUUGUGCAUGGGAGAUGGGAUGGAGCGAUUGUAUCACAUGAAGCGUUGAAAAGGUGUGGUGAGGGAAUCCAGAGAAAACCCCAGCAGCAUAAGCAGAGAUUUAGCUUUUUUUCAAUUUAUUUUUCUAAAACCAGAGCUGCUAAUUUGUAUCCAUCUUAGGGGUGUUUCUCCACAGUGAUCUACAAAGAUUUGGGAGACUCAGCAGUAGCAGCAGUUGCUGUAACUGUGGGGACAGACAGACUAUAAUGGAGACAGGGUGUAUGGAUCUGCAGGGGCUUUGGUAGAGAUGGAUGCUUAGUUUGACCUAGCAAUGAAAACAAUGAGAGAACUCCUCUGGGGUCAUGAGACGAGUCCGCCCAUCACUGCUUUUUAAUUUGACCAUCUGGACUUCAGCCCCAUCCGGUCGUCACCUCAGCUUGCCGGACCAUGGGUAGUGUCAGCAGCGUCAUUAAUGGAAACAGCCUCAACAACAAACACUGCAAGGCGUCUGAGUAUAAGUUGAAAGAGGGGACAGGACACCAUAGAAGGAGCGGAGGUUGUAAUCUUGACGGAUUACUAAAGUGCGGCUUUGCUCAGAGCUCCUCAUCCUCCACUCACAAUCCUCACUCUAAAGGCCUCACCCACUCCAGGUCAGGAAGAAGUGAAGACUUCUUUUACAUCAAGGUGAACCAUAAACCGAGAUCUUUGUGCCACCGAGAAAGAUUGAUGGAGGAUAGAGUGACCAGGGAUGGAGAAUCAGAGGAACGACAGCACCCGAAGCUGCUGUUCAUGCCCGGAAAGAUGACUGAGAUGCCGAGCAUGAGCUCUGCUGAGAAGUCACUGGUCCAUACCACUGCCUUCAAAUCUGUGAAUCCCACAAGGGUUUCCUCCAGUGACACAGGCCACAACAGCCUGGACCACAUCCUUCGUCCUCUGAGGAAAGCAAACAGCUCAAAUGUUGGACACAAGCAAGAAAACUUAGGGACGCUGUCCGACUCUGGACGUAACUCCAUGUCAAGCCUCCCCACCCACAGCACCAGUGGCAGCCUGAGAGCUUCCACGGGCCCCGUCAUUCACAGUGACGGCAGCUCAAUUCUUGGAAGCAGCCUCAGCAAAGGACAGCUGAAAUUUUCUCCAUGGAACAGCAGAAAUAACAAUAACCUUGACUGUAGCUACAGAGCUGGUUUAAACAGCAGUGCGUUGCCUCCUAAGGCGUACGAGGAUGCUGGCUCCCCGUUGUCUGUAGAUGAGCCAAGCACUCUCUCUGAAAUUGCUGGUGGGAUUCGGUCCCCCAUAACUACAGAUGAGUCGCUGAUUGAACAUUUGGAACAGAGGCUGCUGGAAAGAGAAACAGAACUACAGGAGUUACAGGUGAGUUUAGAGGAGAAGGAAGUGCACACCUGCCAGCUGUUCGAUAAGAGACAACGGUUCUGUGCCGAAGAGAUGGAAGAGCUGAAGCAGCAAUGCUCCACAAAGCUGCAACAAGUGUCGCAAAUAGCUACAAAGACGCACCAGGCACUACAGCUGCAAGUCAGCCAACUCCAGGAAGAAAACGAGAAGCUUCAGGAAGACCUCUUCAAGCUCACUCAAGAGAAGGACCGUGUGGAGCUCAGACUGAGGUCUUACGAGACGGAGAACACACAGCUCACACCGACACUGGAAGAAACUCAGUGGGAGGUGUGUCAGAAGACAGGAGAGAUCUCGUUACUGAAGCAGCAACUCAGGGACUGCCAAGCAGACGUCAACCACAAGUUAAACGAGAUUGUCAGCCUCCGAGCAUCGCUGAAGGAAAACACAGCAAAAAUGGAGAUGCUUGAGAAGCAGAAUAAAGACCAUGAGAACAAAGUCUACUGCCGCACCUUAGAAGUUGAGGUGUGCCAAAAUGAGCUUCAGCGGAAAAAGAAUGAGGCUGAUUUUCUAAGAGAGAAAGUGAGCCAACUGGAGAAAGACAUUCAUGGCUUGAAUCAGGAUCUCACUUCAUCCAAAGACCAGAGGCUGCCGCACAGUUUGGAGCUCGAUACCCAGUCCCAGACACAGGCCCUGGAAAGACCAGUUCAACGUUGUGACUUCUCUGAACAGGGCCAGGAGGUGGAGAACAGGACACACACUUCCACUGGAUCACUCCAAAGAGAAGUGGACAGACUGAAGCAGCAGCUCAGGGAGGAGCAGAACGCUCAAGUGAGCCUGGCGAGCAGCUUUGAGCAGGAAAGGCAGACGUGGAACAAAGAAAAAGACAAGGUCAUCAAAUACCAGAAACAGCUUCAGAUCAACUACCUGCAGAUGCACAAGAAGAACCAAGACCUGGAGAGGAUACUGAAGGAGCUGACGGCUGAGCUUGAAAGUCGGACAGAGUUAAGCAUGGGCAUUGGCUACAACUCAGGUCUACAAACUUACGAUGACGUCAUUGCCACAGAGAUUUGAAGGUUUCGGUAACACGCAUGCUGUCCGUAAAAGUGAUACCAUCUUGACUUUUAAUUUUUCAUCACAUCUGUCUCACUGAAGCAUAGAACAUCACAGCAACUCAGUAUUUUAAUACUUUGUGUUGUACUCUAGCUAUUUAUUAGUGUACAUAAUCCAUAGAGUAUUUUUUUUGUGUCCAAGUCACAAAAAACAAUACUACUGAAAAUAGUUAUUAAUGAUGAAACUGUUGUAACUUUUUUAAAGGUAAAUAACAAGUUAUUUAACUUGUUUAAGAGUUUUUUUUUUCUUUGCCAUGUUAUCUAACAGGACCAAUUAACGUUCAAAUCAUUCAGUUUUGUUCUUUUAACAAGCGAGGCAACCACUUAAUCAUUUUUGUCACUAUAAAUGUCUGAUUGUAAUAAAUGACACGCAUGAUAAUUGCUUAACAUCUGUCUCUUCCAGCAUGACAAUGAUUUAUCAUGUUUUGUUAAUGGUGAGUCCUAAACCUUCAUAUAACUUGCCCCAUUUAUCAAAGUUCACUGUAUCCUCCCAUAAUGUCUUUUCUCAGCGGGUUUCAGCAUGCAACACAGCUACAAACCAUGAAGUCUUUGUAAAACAAUGCACCAAUCUUAACUUGUGAAUAUUUGUCACUGCCACAUCUAUUAAAAAAAAACACUCCACUUCAAAAGUCAUGUCUAAAUUAUGUUCAUUAGUCAAACAUUUUCACCCUUAAAAGAUAAUGAAUGUUCAAUAUGCAAACAAUCAAUACAGUUAAGAUAAUGUCUUCCGUUUCUAAUAUAUUUUUGUCAGUCUUGUAAUAUUUAAAUGUUACUAUAUUUCAGAAAAUGUACCUUGAUUUGCCAGUGAAACUAUCAAUUUAGUGCCAUAUGAAUUCACCUUGUGACUACUACUGUUCCUAAUAUCAAAAUUAUUUAAAAAAAAAAGAUUUUUCAUUCAAAGUAUAUUAACUUGAUAUGCUUGUCAAAAUUUGUUUGCUCCAAUUAAUUUUACAAACACCAGCAGAGAUUAAAAUUGUGGAUCAAAGGAACUCUAAGAAGUCUAUAUUCAAAAAACAGAUUCAUGUUUGAAUUUAUUAAACACAAAGUUUAUUACACAUUGCCAUGCUGAUUCCUCGCACAGAAAUGCAAAUAAUUACAACAUUUAAAUUAAAAAAA